CAAAAGAAAGGAACGCUCCUAUAAAGGAAUUGAUAGUUGACGAGGGGUUACCAAGUGGAUGGGUGGAGAGCUGGAACUUCAAAUUCAGAAGGAACUUAAUGGAUAGAGAGCUACCAAGCCUUAUUUCAUUGAUGCAAAAAGUGGAACAUGUAAAAGUGUCUAGUAUCUCAGAGGAUAGUCGUAUUUGGAGACCAGAUCCUUCUGGUGUUUUCUCUUGUAAAUCAGCUUUUUCCUGGCUGACAAAUUCAUCAAUUAGGGGCUUGGAUUGGACAAAGUCCCUAUGAAAAAGUUGUGUUCCAUCAAAAGUUAAAGUGUUUGGCUGGCUUGUGGCUUUGGAAAAAGUAAAUGUCCAUGAUAAGGUGCAAAAAAGGAAGCAUUUUCCUUGUAUUUCCCUUGGGUGGUGCGCCUGCUGCAAAGGCAGCGGAGAAAAUGUUGGCCACCUUUUCUUGGAAUGAAAAUAUAUUCGACGAUUAUGGAAAUAUGUGUUGGGAGAAUUUGAAUUGUCUUGGGUUAUGCCAAGGUCUGUAUCACAUUUGAUAGCGUCCAAGCUAACCGGAAGUAAACGCAAAACAAAGCUAUGGAAAACAGUGAUAUUAGCAACAAUUUGGGCCGUAUGGCUAGAAAGAAAUGCCAGAAUCUUUGAAGGGACUACUAAAUCAGAAGCGGAUGUGUGGGAGCAAGUUAAAUUUUGGACAGCUACUUAGGUCAUUAGAACUAAACAUUUUGAGGACCUAUCCUUUUUAGAUUUGUGUAGAGAAUGGAAAACAUUUGUAUAGGGUCAGUAGGUGGUUGUAUUUAUUUCUUUUUUUCUUCUGAGGCAAAGUGGGGGAGUACUCUUGCCUUAGAAUUUUUGCUUUGUUAUUAUUUGUAACCAUGGUUUUCUUCCACCACAAGGGAGGCUUUUAAUAUAUCGGGGAGGAUCCUGUCGAAGACAAAAGGAUCUUUUCUCUUUUUCAAAAAAAAAAAAAGUAUGGAUCCGAAAGUAAACAAUGAAAGGUUCACUUGGUCGAACUUCAGAUCGGUGCCCAUUUGGAGCAGAUUGGAUCGAUUCUUAUUCAGUAAUAAAUGGAAGAUCAUGUUUCCUUUUGUCAGACAAGAAAUGAUGGUGAGAUUAGUAGGGGCAUUGAUAAUUUGGGAUACUAGAAGCAUCACUGUGAUUGACUCCUUGGUUGGGGAUUUCUCGGUCUCGCUUCUAAUAGAGGUAUAAGGCUGUAGCGCGUGGUGGUUUUCUGGGGUUUAGGGUCCAUGUUCGCACAAACUAAGGCUUGUUUUUGGGACGAACUGGCUGGUCUAAGUACGAUUUGUGGAGGUUCAUGGUGUCUAGGAGAGAAUUUUAAUGUCGUUAGAAAGGUACAAGAAUAAUUAAAUAGUGCCUCUUACACUAAGAUUAUGAAAAUGUUUGAUCAGUUGAUUAGAGAAUUGAAACUUGUAGAGCCAAAAUUGAAUAGUGGCAGCUUUACAUGGUCAAAUUUCAGAGAGAAGCCUAUUUGUUGUAGGCUGGAUAGAUUUUUGUUUUCUAAUAGCUGGAGCGAGUUGUUUCCCAUUUGUGAGACAGGAAAUGGUGGUAAGAAUGGUUUUGGACCACAGUCCUGCAGUCCUUCACUCAAAUUCGUGUAAGUGGGGACCUGGACCAUUUUGAUUUGAUAAUAUAUGGCUGGAGCAUAAGAUGUUUGCUAAGUGUUUCGGGGCUUGGUGGAGAAUUGUUGUUGGGUCUGGAUUGGCAGGGACAAAGUUCAUGAGCAAGUUGAAAGAAGUAAAAGAAAAAGUCAAGGAAUGGAUUAAGGUAAAUUAUGGCAACAACCAUGCAAUCAAGAGUGCACUAGAAAAAAGACUACUCACUUUGGAUCAGUUGGAAGCAAAAAAUGAGUGGAAUCCCUCUUUAGUGGAGGAGAGGAAAAAGGUUAAAAACAAGCAAAGACUUACAUUCGAAGAGGAAUGAAGUGUGUGGCUGAAAUCAAAGUGAAAGUGAGCUAAUUAAGGAGAUGCAAACUCGAGGAUUUUCCACAAUAUGUUAAAUGCAAGAAAAGUUAAGAACACAAUCUCAAGAAUUGAAAGAGAAGCUGGGACGAUUCUGGAAAAUGAGGAAGAUAUAGUGAAAGAAACCAUCUCCUUCUUCUCAAAAUUGUACACUUCAGAGAGGAGAAGAGGUAAGUGCAUAGAAGGCAUGGAUUGGCUAGCUAUCCCGUUAGAAGAAGAUGAAUCAAGGAUGCAAAUUUUUAGUUGCGAAGGUAGCAAGGCUUUGGGGCCAAAUGGAUUCAGCUUGGCAGUUUCCAGUCUCAAUGGAAAGUUAUUAAGGAAGAUUUGAUGGAUAUCUUCAGAGCUUUUGAAAAGGAAGGUAUCAUUCAAGGAAGCAUUAAUCAGACAUUUAUUUGUCUGAUCCCUAAGAAACUCAAUAGUUGCAAAGUUAGAGAUUACAGACCAAUCAGGUGGUAACAAGUGUGUAUAAGUUAAUAUCAAAGGUGUUUUCUCUUAGAUUAAGGGGAAGUGUUGGAGGAGAUGAUCAUGGAAUCACAAUCAACUUUUGUGGAAGAGCGAGAAAUCUUGGACUCGGUGCUGAUAGCAAACUAGAUUGUGGAGGAUUAUAGAAGCAAAGGCAAGAGUGGUAUGGUAUUCAAAAUUGAUUUUUAAAAGCCUAUGAUAGGGUGGAGUGGGUUUUUUUAGAUAUGGUUCUGUGCAAUAAAGGGUUUUGACGAAGAGCCUAUGGAAAAGUUGUGUUCCAUCAAAAGUUAAAGUAUUUGGUUGGCUUUUCGCUUUAGACAAAGUGAAUGUCCAUGACAAGGUGCAAAAAAGGAAGCCUUUCCUUUAUAUUUCCCCUGGCUGGUGUGUCUGCUGCAAAGGCAGCGGAGAAGACGUUGGACAUUUGUUUCUGGAAUGUAAUUUUAUUCGGUGUUUAUGGAGACAUGUGCUAGAGGAGUUUGAAUUGGCUUGGGUUAUGCCAAGAUCCGUACUACAAAUGAUAGCUUCCAAGUUAACUAGCAGUAAAUCCAGAACAAAGCUAUGGAAAACAGUUAUCUUAGCAACACUUUGGGCUGUGUGGCUGGAAAGAAUUGCCAGAAUUUUUGAAGGGGAUGCUAAAUCAGAAGCGGAUGUGUGGGAGAGUUAAAUUUUGGACAGCUACUUGGGUCUUUAAAACCAAACAUAUUGAAGAUUUGUCUUUUUUAAAUUUAUGCAGAGAAUGGAAAAAAAAUUUAUAAGCUUUGGAGAGUGAUUUUGUCUUAGGACUUUUUGUGUGAUGUCAAUUGUAACCAUGGUUUUUCUCCGCCAUAAGCGAGGCUUUCUAAUAAAUAACAGGGAGGAUCCUGGACAAGUGGAUCUCUAUUCUUUUUCAAUAAAGGGUUUGGAGUUACAUGGAGGAAAUUGAUUAAAGGUUGCAUCUCGUCAACGUCCUCAGUUUUCAUCAAUGGAAGACCAAGGGGGAAAUUUAUUUGUUCGCGGGGAUCCAUUAUUCCCUUUCCUGUUUUCAUUGGUCGUUGAUGUCCUCAGGAGAAUGAUGAAAAAAGCGGUAGCAUUAGGUAAUUUUUCGGGCUUUGUGGUUGGAAAAGACAAGAUACAAGUCAAUCAUUUUCAAUAUGCAGAUGACACUCUCUUGUUUGUUAACAUUGAGGACUCAUUGCUGAAAAUGGAAAGGUUAGUGGAAGCUUUUUGUGAUAUUUCUGGCUUGAAAGUAAAUCUGAAGAAAAUUCAGUUGUUGGGAAUAUGUAUGGAUGAGAGGGUUGUGUUACAUCACGGAUUGCCGAUUGGCUGUGAGGCUGGGAGUUGACUAUGAAAUAUCUAGGGAUGCCAUUGCGUGGAUCGCCUAGGAAGUGGUGCUUUUGGGGACCAAUCUUGGAUAAGUGUGCUACGAGAUUAGAUGGGUGGAGGUAGGUUGACAUUUAUUUAGUCUGUGUUAUCCUCUCUCCCAAUUUAUUUCUUAUCUUUAUUCAAAGCUCCAAAGGGCGUAAUAAAAUUAUUAAAGAAGACAAUGAGAGAUUUUUUCUGGGAAGGUAGCGAGUCUUCGGGUGGAGAACACUUAGUCUCAUGGGAAUGUAUGUAGGAAACGGGAAGAGGGAGGCUUGGGUAUUGGAAGUUUGGCAUUGAGAAACAAAGCCAUGCUCAUGAAAUGGCUGUGGAGAUUCCUUUGGAACCAAAGGCGUUGUGGCAUAAAAUAGUGGUGAGUAGGUAUGGCUGAAAACCCGUGGGAUACAAAAACUUGACCCCAAAGUUCUCCCAAAAGCCCUUGGAAAGACAUUUCAGAUUUGUAUGAAUAGUAUCUUGGGCUGGUGCAUUUCAAGGUUGGCAGGGGAGACAAAAUUCGAUUUUGGGAGGAUGUGUGGAUGGGUGACGCUCCCUUGAGUAGUGAGUUCCCUGAUCUAGCAAUGAUCUCCAGGCAACAAAUGGGAGUAUUAGGGAGCAUAUAGUGGAUGAAGGACUGCCAGGUGGUUGGGUUGAAAGCUGGUAUCUGAAUUUUAGGAGGAAUUUGUUGGAGGGAGAAGUUCCAAGUAUCACUAUGCUUAUGAAGAAACUGGAGCAUGUAAGAGUAAUCAAUAUUGCGGAUAAUUAUCGAGUUUGGAAGCUUGAUCUAUUGGGGGUUUUCUCUUGCAAGUUAGCUUUUCUGUGGUUUACUUCAAAUCCAUUUACUGAAGAAUUGUUCUAGUCAAGGAUCCUUUGGAAGAGUUGUGUUUCGUCAAAGAUCAAAGUAUUUGGGUGGCUUGUUUCAUAUGGCCAAGUAAAUGUUCAUGAUAAGCUACAGAAAAGGAAACCACCUUUUCUCUAUAUCUCACCAGGAUGGUGCGUCUGUUGUAAAUGCAGUGAUGAGGAUAUGAGACAUCUGUUUUUGGAAUAUGCCUUUGUUAGACAUAUAUGGUCGAAACUGUUGGUGGAGUUUGAAGUAAGUUGGGCUAUGCUAGGAUCCAUGACACUAAUGAUAGUUAGCAAACUGAAUGGCAGUGAAAGGAGUACGAAACUGUGGAGAACAGCGUUGCUGGCAACUAUUUGGGCUGUUUGGUUGGAGAGAAAUGCCAAGAUCUUCGAAGGGGUUGAAAAUGAUUCGUUAGUUAUUUGGGAGAAAGUGAAGUUUUGGACAACUACUUGGGUGUUUAAAACUAAAUAUUUUGAGGAUUUGUCCUUUUUAGAUUUAUGUCAGGAGUGGAAAUCCCUUUUGUAGCGGCUUUGUUUUCUUUGUCUGUUAUAUGUGGUAGGAUGUUGUUAGUCCUUCGUUUUUUGCCGCUAGUUUUGUAACCACGGGUUUCCUCCGCCAUGAGUGAUGGUUUUUUAUUCUUUUCGGGUGGGGGCUAGUCUAAGACUUUGGCCUCUCUCUCUUUUUCAAAAAAAAAAAAAAGAUGUUCAUGUGAGAAUUGUUGUUCUUGAUUCGAAUCCUCCAUCGUGGGGACCCUCUCCCUUUUGGUUUGACAACAUGUGAGAAUGAGUUUGUACUAUGGUGGAAUAGUGUGUGAGUUCAAGGGUGGUCAGGUUUUAGAUUCAUGGAGAAACUACGAGAAGUGAAAGGAAAAAUAAAAGAACGUAAUUAGAAAGAGGUGGGAAGUAAACAACUAAAGAACAAUCACUGGAUGGACGACUGUAUAUGUGAACAGAAUGGAGGAACGAGGUGAGUGGGGUUCACAUUUAACGGAAGAAAGAAGAUGGCUUAAAAUAGAAUGGAAGCGAAUUGCUAUUGACGAAGAUGCAAAUGAGCAAAAGAAGAAGAGAUUAAAAAUUUAGUUUUUGAGUGAGAUGGGGAGAAAGCCCCUUGACCAGAUUGAUUUUCAAUGGCUAUGUACCAAUCAAAUUGGGACGUAGUGAAGAAGAAUCAAUGGAAGUGUUUAGGAGGUUCUCAGAGGAAUUGAUCAUUGUAUGAGGCAAUAAAGCCAAGGAAUCCUUGUUCCACUUGUACUACUUUCAGUGGAUGUUUGCCUUCUAGUACUCUCACUCCACUCUAUCAUUACCCUCCUCUUCAAGAGCUUCGUUUGUGGUAUAUUGUGGAUCUUCCUUUAGAUCCUCGAUAUGGAUUUAUUUCCCAAUCUCAAAACUCUUCAUAUUAAAUCUAGCCACUACAUUGGGCAGCUCUUAUGGAGAAAUGUGCUUGUAGAGUUUGAAUUGUCUUGGGUUAUGCCAAGGUCUGUAUCACAAAUGAUAGCGUUUAUGUUAAUCAGCAGUAAACGCAGAACAAAGCUAUGGAAAAUAGUGAUCUUAGCAACAAUUUGGGUUGUGUGGCUAGAAAGAAAUGCCAAAAUUUUUGAAGGGGCUGUUAAAUCAGAAGCGGAUGUGGGGGAGAAAGUUAAAUUUUGGACAGCUACUUGGGUCUUUAGAACCAAAAAUUUUGAGGAUCUAUCUUUUCUAGAUUUAUGUGGAGAAUGGAAAAAAAUUUUCUUAUUGCUCUGUUUUUAACUGUAACCAUGGUUUUCCCCCGCCACAAGCAAGGCUUUUUAGUAUAUAACGGGGAGGAACAUGUCUAAGACAAGAGGAUCUCUUCUCUUUUUCAAAAAAUCUAGCCACUACAUUGAAGCUAAAUGUCAAAAGGGAAAUCUCUGGAGGAACUAACAUCUAUCUUUAUCUAUCCAAAAUUGUGAUAGUUUUUUUAUCUUUCUCAAAUGGUGGACUUAUUGCUCCCAAGCUGAGUAAGUUGAAGGUUAGUAAAGAGGUUUGCUAUUGGACACCAGUGGUGCCUAGCACCCUUAACACGUGUCGCUUUGCGAUUGGCUAGCGAUACUCCCUAAAAACUAUUAUAUUAAACUAUAUGGGACUUGAUACUUACUUAGACCAAUAGCGAUAUUGACAGGUAGGAGGGUGCUUUGGUACCUUUUAGCAUUUCUUAUUAGUAAAUGUCCUAACUUGAAGUGGUUGCCAGAGAAGAUGACUUCUCUCUCAGCCUUGAAAGGGUUGACAGUCAAACCUUGUCAGUUGGUAAAGAAUUUCCCUGUUAGUUUGCUUAGACUUAUUACAUGCUAUGAUGUAUUUUUGAGGAUGAAAUGAAAUUGGCAAACAUUACCCCAUUUUACCUAUCUUCAAAUAUUUUUUAUUUUGCUCUGUUUUUCCUAAUAAUUUUGAUUGAUUUAUAUAUCAGAACAUGGAAACAAACUUAUGUAUAUCUAGUUUAAGGUCAAGUCUUGCUUUGCUCAAAUCAAUACACUUGGAAUUCUAAAGUUUAUGACAAUUUCAAUAUAAUAUUCCAACCAUUACAUAUAAGAUAUAUAAAUUCUGAUAGUGGCCUAAUAUUAUACUAUAGAUAUAUAUAUAUGGUCUUCUGGUUUUGAGGCCAUAUACGGUGGUUUGUUUAGUUUGUGUGUCCGUCGGAGCUUGUUUUGUACCAUGUAUGAUGGUUUGUUUAUGUACUUGUUGCAACUAUGUACAAUAUUAGGCCAAAAAUAUAAAAAAUAAGUAUUUUUUUCAACAUAAAAAUAAUAAUAACAGAAAAGACAAAUGAAUACAGAUUGUACAACUUAUAUCAAGAAGAUAAUUAAUUAAUAUUUAUAUGUAAGUCAUUACUGUUGAUUCUGAGAUAGGCAGUGCAUUGUUGCUAAAAGUGAAUGGUAAAAUGGAUUAAUGGCUCAACAAAUAACUUGCUCAUAAGUUUCUUUAAAUACAUUCAAUAUUUGGCAAACAUAGCCUAAAAGAAACAUGUUAAUGACAAUUACACAACAAAAUCAAAUCAUUUCCAUUAAACUGGAUUUAAUCAAUUUACAUUGAUUUGCAGCAGCUCACAAAAGUUUCAUCUGCAACCUAAUUUGAGAUGGUUCUUCGGUCGAGGUUGAUUGUUUGACAAGCUUCCCAACCUUGGGAUACUUGUGGAUGAACUUAUCCUCCCAAUCCUCCAAAACAUGAAGCUCAUCAAGACUGUCAUUCAUGUCUUGAGACUUAAAAUAAAGGAGAGCCAAAGCUCUAGUACCUUCUGGGACCAUAGAACAUAUUCCUGUAAAACGCAUUUUAUCCCACACACUUGGAAGAUCACACAACAAAGUACUUACAACAAUCAAAAUUUUGCUUUGAUCAUGAGCUUAUUUCUGAGGAAAAUUGAAAAAGACAUCAAGAGAGGUUAGGUAACAUUUGACCAAACAGGAUGGUUUCAGUUUGGCUUUGUUUCAGUCUCAAUGGGAGGUAAUCAAAGAAGAUUUGAUGAAAGUGGUUAAGUUGUUCGAAAGAGAUGGCAUUAUUCAAGGACAGAAGUGAUGAAGCCUUUCAACAGUGGGACAAGAGGAAGCAAAAUAAUAGUAACAACAAGAAAUGAAAAAGUUGCAGAUGUCAUUCGAACUGUUGAUACACACCACCUUAGAGAAUUGUCAAAAGAUGAGUGUUGGGCACUAUUUAUGAAGCACGCUUCCAAUGGAAACUCUAAAAAGUUUAUUGAAAACCCACAAUUAGAAAGUAUCAGCAGAGAAAUUGCUAAUAAAUGUAAUGGUUUACCAUUAGCUGCUAAAGUUCUAGGAGGCCUCUUGAGAUCAACACUGGAUGUUGAGAGAUGGAAACAAAUAGCAAAGAAUGAUAUUUGGGAGUUGACACAUAAAAGGAGCAAGAUAGUUCCAGCUGCUUUAGAAUUGAGCUACUACUAUCUUCCUCCACACUUGAAGGGGUGUUUUUCUUAUUGUUCAAUAUUCCAAAAGGCUAUGAAUUUCAAAGAGCGGAGUUGGUCUUAUUAUGGAUGGCUGAAAAUCUUGUGCAACAUUCCGGGAAGACUAUGAGAAUGGAAGAAGUUGGCUGUGAGUAUUUUGAUGAUUUAGUAUCUAUGUCAUUUUUUACAAAGAUAAAGACUACCAAGACAGGUAAAUUUAUUUUUGUCAUGCAUGAUCUUAUAGUUGAUUUGGCUAGAACUAUUUCUGGAAAAUACAGUUGUUUGUUAGAGGAAAAUGAUGACAUUGAUAGGCUUGAGAAGAAGACACGUCACCUUGGAUGUGAUAUGGAAAUUUAUAUUGAUAACAAAAUAUCUAGCUAUGAUUUUGAAGCUACUCAUUUGCGAACCUUUUUAACAUUUGAUUCAAGAUAUUCUGAAAUCAGUAUUUCUAAGGAAGUAGUGCAGAAUCUGCUAUCGAUGUUGAAAUGUUUAAGAGUAUUAUCUUUUCGUGGUCUUCAUAUGAAUGAGUUAUCUAAUUCAAUCAGUGAACUGAAACAUCUUCGCUAUUUAAAUAUUUCUGGCACCAAGAUUGUGAUGUUGCCCAAAUCUGUAAAUUAAUUGUACAAUUUGCAGAGUUUGAAAUUAGAAGAUUGUGAUCAACUUGAAACUUUGCCUAAAGAUAUGCAUCAUCUCAUUAAUUUAAAACAUCUCGUUGUUAGUGGAGGUAGCCUAGUUGAGAUGCCAAGCCAAAUAUGCAAAUUAAGAAAUCUCCAAAUGUUGACAACUUUUGUUGUGGGAAAGAAUAGUGGUGCUAAAAUAGAAGAGUUAGUAGAACUUCAAAGUCUACAUGGGGAGCUUUCCAUCAUGAAGUUAGAAAAUGUGGUCAUUAUUACAAAAGCAUCAGAUCAAGUUAAUGUAUUGGAUAAGAAGCAACUUGAGAAAUUGUGUUUGGCAUGGAGUUUUAAUGAUGUUGUUGAUCCAAAACAUGGAGAGGGUGUGCUCAAAAUCCUUUCACCAAACACAAUGUUGAAGCAACUCAAAAUUCUUAAUUACUCAGGCUCUAAAUUUCCGAAUUGGGUUGGGAAUGAUUCGUUUAGCAACAUUGUUGAAGUAAGGGUUGAUGGUUGUGAGCGUUGCUCCAUUUUACCACCCUUUGGGCAACUUCCUUUGCUAAAAGAUCUUUACAUUUCAGGAUUCAAUUCAGUAGUGAUGGUGGGUGCUGAGUUUUAUGGGAAUAGUUCUGUCAAGAAGCCAUUUUCAUCAUUGGAAACAUUGAGAUUUGAGAACAUGCCAUCAUGGGAGCAAUGGCAUUCAAUGCAAACUGAAGAGGCAACGACAUAUGGGAAGCUCAAAACACUUGAAAUUUUUAAUUGUCCGAAGCUUGUUGGAGAUUUGCCUCGCUUCUUUCCUUCAUUAGCGGAUAUUAGAAUUCAAGGAGACAAGAAAUGUGAAUUAUUAAGUCUCCCAAGAUGAUGUAUCAGGAAAAUGAGUAGUCAUCACCUAGCAAAUUUGAUAAUGGAUGUUUCUUCCACUCUCCCUCCACUCUACCCUCCUCUUCAGAAGCUUCAAUUGUUGUCUUGCGGAUCAUCGUUUAGAUCCCUCAAUAUGGAUUUAUUCCCCAAUCUCAAAACUCUUUCAAUUGGUAACAACCACUAUUUUGAAGCUCUUUCAAUGUCUGAUGGGAAAUCUCUUGAGCAACUAACAUAUUUACUUAUCGAGCAUUGUGGUAGUUUUGUAUCAUUCCCAAAUGGUGGACUUAUUGCUCCGAAGCUGAUUGAGUUUGUCAUUAAUUAUUGCCUUAAAUUAAAGUGGUUGCCUAAAAAGAUGACUUCCCUCUCAGCUUUGAAUGAUUUUGAAGUCAUAGAUUGUCCGUUGAUGGAGCCUUUUCCUGAAGAUGAAGGUGGUCUGCCUGUUAGUUUGUCAAGACUUCGAAUAUCCUAUGAUGUAUUAUUGAGAAUGAAAUGGAAUUGGCAAACACUACCCCAUCUUACCAUUCUUCAUAUUCUUAGUAAUAAAGAAGAUAUGGAACCAUUUCCUGAGGAAGGGCUGCUGCCAACCACUAUUACCUCUCUUAGUAUUAUGUCAUUUGCGAAACUUAAAAUCCUAGACAAAAAUGGACUUAGACAACUCACCUCCUUGAAAACACUUGAGAUCUUGGACUGCCCUGAGUUGGAGACAUUGUCAGAAGAAGGGUUCCCAACCUCCCUCACCUCUUUGGAGAUAGAUGAUUGUCCUCUGGUGAAGAAAAAAUAUGACCCGGAGGAGAGUGGGAAUGAAGAGUACUGGACCAACAUUAGUCACAUACCCAAUGUCCAGUUUGGCCUAGGCUUUACCGAAGACUCUUGUUUUUCGUCUGUUGUUCAAUCAAUGAAAGAAUUUAUAAAGUAUCAGGUGUGUUUAAUUACAAACAAUUUACAUUUUUUCUUUAUGUAACAUUCUCUUGAAAAAUUACUUCUGGGAUAUCCAAAAUAUGCAUAAGUUCUUUUCCACAAUAAAAUAUAUACAUUAUACAUGGUUUAUAAUUUUAUCUA